UGAGGGAGAAGGGGGCAGCGGGGAGGGGCAAUAUGGGAGGCCCCGUACGCAGUGGCCGUGCUUUCCAAAUCCUCUUCUUUCCUGGGUUGGGUGGAACAGGCGUCACCCCCUGGGCCAGCCCCUUAGACACGAGAAGGCCUCUGGUCCCCUUCUUCUUUCUUCCUCCCGCCACGUAGGAGACUUUCUCCCCUUCCAUGCCAGGAGUCAGGGAGGCAGACGUACAGACCUGAGCUUACCUGAUACUCAUCUGUCCUGGACCACAGCUCCUCAGGAAGGCCCCAGGAUCUCUGCCAGAGGGACGGAGAUGCUCUGGAGUAGAGUAUUUACCCAUAUUGGGGUGUGGGCCCUCUGCCCAGAGGGCCAUAUCUUCCUGAGCUGAAAUAACCAGUUAUCCCCUCUGGGGAGAAGCAGCUCUUAUCUUCAUAAUCCCCCAAAGGCAGCAUGGAGAGCAGGGAUUAGGGGAGAUUUAGGCAAGGGAUCUGGGAAGUCUUGGGGCCAGGCUCACUCGGGAGCCCAUCCUCAUCCCUCGGGCCAAAAAAGCUGGUAAUGGGCCAGUGUGGGGGCUCCGCUCAGGUGCAUCCUCCCGGGCUGGGUCUGCUGGGGUACUGCCCCUGAGCAGCAGCCCCUUCUAGUCUUGGAGAUGUGUGUCCCGUGAGGGGCAGGGCUGCCAAGGAGAGCGGUGGCUAUGGAGACAGGCACGGAGGAGGAAGUCUGGAACAUCAGUGGGCAAAGCCAGGGCAGACCCCAGGGAAGGCAGAGGGGGAGCAGGGGCGGGCCAUGAGCUGAGGUAGUCAGGGAGUCACCAGCUUAGCCACCCUUGGUCAGGACUCAGUAGAUAACCCCAGCCCCUUUCUUAGUGCCUCAAGUCUAGGGCUUUGCUCCUCUUGCUCAGGAGCCUUUACUGGUGGGAGCUCACAUUGGUGCUCUUGGGAGAGACCCAGUUCUCUGCCAGCAUUCCUUUCCCAGGGGUGUUCUUUUUCCCAGGACCCCCGACCUGGGGAUCUGUGCAUCAGAUUCAAUGUGUGCAUCGGCUUCACCUUCAGAAGUUUUGAUUCGGUAGGUUUGGGGUGGGACCUGGACAUCCACGUUUUUAGAAGCUCCAGGUAUUUCUACUACAGACCCCGGGUUGACAACCCCUGAUUAAUGUGUCACUGGGGUCACUGAAGCUAUGUGUGCACUCAUUCUUCCACUCAUCCAGCUGGUGGCCGUGGGGCCGCUGCUGUGUGCCCGGCACUGUCUCGGCAGGUAGUUGGAAGGAUGUGGAGAGGGAAGAAUUCAGUACCUGUUUUCAAGGAACUGGCAGUCUGGUGGGAGAGCCAGACGAGUCAAUCUAUAAUGACAGUUCUCCACAAUGAAGACCGGGAGCCAGCUUGCCCAGGGUGCUCUUGGAAUACAAACCUCUCCCCGGCGAGCCACCCUUGGCCCUGGGCCUGUCUACCCGGAAGGCCCUCGGCAUCCUGAAGGAGCAGCUGGAGACGGUGCUGGAGGGACACCUGAAAGAACGGAAGAAAUGUCUCACGUGGAAGGAGCUGUGGAGAAGCAGCUUCCUGCACCACAGUAACCGCUGUUCCUGCUUCCACUGGCCUGGAGCCUCUCUCAUGCUGCUGGCUGUGCUGCUUCUGCUGGGCUGUCAUGGGAGCCAGCCGGAGGGCAGCCAUGGGGUGGAGCUGGUGAAUGCCUCAGCACUGUUCCUCUUGCUGCUUCUCAACCUCAUCCUCAUUGGGCGGCAAGAUCGGCUAAAGCGUAGGGAGGUAGAGCGGAGGCUCCGAGGGAUCAUUGACCAAAUCCAAGAUGCACUCAGGGAUGGCAAGGAGAUCAAGUGGCCAGAUGCCAUGUACCCAGACCUCCACAUGCCCUUUGCACCAUCCUGGUCCCUGCACUGGGCCUACAGAGAUGGACAUCUGGUCAACCUGCCAGUUGGCCUAUUGGUAGAAGGAGACAUCAUAGCUCUGAGGCCCGGCCAGGAAUCGUUCGCCUCUCUGAGGGGGAUCAAGGAUGAUGAGCACAUCGUCUUGGAGCCCGGAGACCUGUUUCCCCCUUUCUCUCCACCGCCUUCCCCCCGGGGAGAAGUGAAGAAGGGACCACAGAACCCCCAGCAGCACCGGCUCUUCCGUGUUCUUGAGACCCCUGUGAUUGACAACAUCAGAUGGUGCCUGGACAUGGCCCUGUCCCGCCCAGUCACCGCUCUGGACAACGAGAGGUUCACGGUGCAGUCGGUGAUGUUGCACUACGCCGUGCCUGUGGUCUUGGCCGGCUUCCUCAUCACCAAUGCCCUGCGCUUCAUGCUGAAUGCCCCUGGUGUCACCUCCUGGCAGUACACCCUCCUCCAGCUACAGGUGAAUGGUGUCCUGCCCAUCCUCCCCCUGCUCUUUCCAGUCCUCUGGGUUCUGGCAACCGCCUGUGGAGAAGCUCGAGUCCUGGCUCAGAUGAGCAAGGCCUCUCCCAGCUCCCUGCUAGCCAAGUUCUCAGAGGAUACUCUCAGCAGCUACACAGAAGCCGUCUCCUCUCAGGAAAUGCUGCGCUGCAUCUGGGGCCACUUCCUGCGGGUGAUCCAAGGGACAUCGCCGACCCUGAGCCAUAGCUCCAGCCUACUGCACAGCUUGGGCUCGGUCACGGUCCUGUGCUGUGUGGACAAACAGGGGAUCCUGUCAUGGCCAAACCCCAGCCCAGAGACUGUGCUGUUCUUCAGUGGGAAGGUGGAGCCCCCGCACAGCAGCCAUGAGGACCUAACGGAUGACCUGUCUACCCGCUCCUUCUGCCAUCCCGAGGUAGAGGAGGAGCCCCACGAACGAGAUGCCCUCCUGGCCGGUUCCCUGAACACUACCCCGCACCUUUCCAAUGAGCAGGAACGUGGCGACUGGCCGGGUGACGGUCCCAAGCCCCCUGAAUUCUACUCUCACCACAAAGCAUAUGGCCGCAGCAAACACCCAUCCGGCUCCAACGUGAGCUUCAGCCGGGACACGGAGGGCGGUGAAGAAGAGCCUGGCAAGCCCGGGCUGGAGGGCGAGCCCUACGAAGCAGAGGACUUUGUGUGUGACUACCACUUGGAGAUGCUGAGCCUGUCCCAGGACCAGCAGAACCCCUCCUGCAUCCAGUUCGACGACUCCAACUGGCAGCUGCACCUCACGUCCCUGAAGCCGCUGGGUCUCAACGUGCUGCUGAACCUGUGUAACGCCGGUGUCACCGAGCGGCUGUGCCGCUUCUCCGACCACUUGUGCAACAUCGCCCUGCAGGAGAGCCACAGCGCCGUCCUGCCCGUGCACGUGCCCUGGGGCCUCUGCGAGCUCGCCCGCCUCAUAGGCUUCACUCCUGGGGCCAAGGAGCUCUUCAAGCAGGAGAACCACCUUGCACUCUACCGCCUCCCCAGUGCCGAGAUGGUGAAGGAGACCUCGCUGGGGAGGCUCUCCUGUGUCACCAAGCGGCGCCCUCCGCUCAGCCAUAUGAUCAGUCUCUUCAUCAAGGACACCACUACCAGCACAGAACAGAUGCUAUCCCAUGGCACGGCUGAUGUGGUCUUAGAGGCCUGCACAGACUUCUGGGAUGGGGCGGACAUCUACCCUCUUUCGGGUUCUGACAGAAAGAAAGUGCUGGAUUUUUACCAGCGGGCCUGCUUGUCUGGUUACUGCUCUGCCUUCGCCUACAAGCCCAUGAGCUGCGCCCUGUCCUCUCAGCUCAAUGGCAAGUGCAUCGAGCUUGUGCAGGUGCCUGGCCAGAGCAGCAUCUUCACCAUGUGUGAGCUGCCCAGCACCGUCCCAAUCAAGCUGAGCACGCGCCGUAACAGCUGGAGCUCGGACGAAGGGAUCGGGGAGGUGCUGGAGAAGGAAGACUGCAUGCAGGCCCUGAGCGGCCAGAUCUUCAUGGGCAUGGUGUCCUCCCAGUACCAGGCCCGGCUGGACAUCGUGCGCCUCAUCGAUGGGCUGGUCAAUGCCUGCAUCCGCUUCGUCUACUUCUCUUUGGAGGAUGAGCUCAAAAGCAAGGUGUUUGCAGAAAAGAUGGGCCUGGAGACAGGCUGGAACUGCCACAUCUCCCUCACGCCCAAUGGUGACCUGCCUGGCUCCGAGAUCCCCCCCUCCAGCCCCAGCCAUGCUGGCUCCCUGCAUGAUGACUUGAAUCAGGUGUCCCGAGAUGAUGCGGAAGGGCUCCUUCUGAUGGAGGAGGAGGGUCACUCAGACCUCAUUAGCUUCCAGCCUACAGACAGUGACCUCCCCAGCUUCCUGGAGGACUGCAACCGGGCCAAGCUGCCGCGCGGCAUCCACCAGGUGCGCCCCCACCUGCAGAACAUUGACAACGUGCCCCUGCUCGUGCCCCUAUUUACCGACUGUACCCCUGAGACCAUGUGUGAGAUGAUCAAGAUCAUGCAGGAAUAUGGGGAGGUGACCUGCUGCCUGGGCAGCUCUGCGAAUCUCAGGAACAGUUGCCUUUUCCUCCAGAGUGACAUCAGCAUUGCCCUGGAUCCCCUGUACCCAUCCCGCUGUUCCUGGGAGACCUUUGGCUACGCCACCAGCACCAGCAUGGCCCAGGCCUCGGAUGGCCUUUCUCCCCUACAGCUCUCGGGGCAGCUCAACAGCCUACCCUGCUCCCUGACCUUUCGCCAGGAGGAGACCAUCAGCAUCAUCCGGCUCAUUGAGCAGGCGCGGCACGCCACCUACGGCAUUCGCAAGUGCUUCCUCUUUCUGCUGCAGUGCCAGUUGACCCUUGUGGUCAUCCAGUUCCUCUCUUGCCUGGUUCAGCUGCCGCCACUGCUGAGCACCACCGACAUCCUGUGGCUGUCCUGCUUUUGCUACCCUCUGCUCAGCAUCUCUCUGCUGGGGAAGCCCCCCCACAGCUCCAUCAUGUCUAUGGCCACAGGGAAGAACCUUCAGUCCAUUCCUAAGAAGACCCAGCACUACUUCCUGCUCUGCUUCUUGCUCAAAUUCAGCCUCACCAUCAGCUCGUGCCUCGUCUGCUUUGGCUUCACGCUGCAGAGCUUCUGUGACAGCUCCCGGGCCCGCAACCUCACCAACUGCUCCUCCAUCAUGCUGCGCAGUCAUGCCGACAACAGCGCUCCAGCCUGGUUUGACGACUUCGCCAAUGGGCUACUCACGGCUCAGAAGCUCACCGCUGCCCUGAUCGUCCUGCACACAGUCUUCAUUUCUAUCACCCACGUGCAUCGCACCAAGCCCCUGUGGCGAAAGAGCCCCUUGACAAACCUCUGGUGGGCCAUUACCGUGCCUGUGGUCCUGCUGGGGCAGGUGGUCCAGACGGCAGUGGACCUGCAGCUGUGGACACACAGGGACAGCCGUGUCCACUUUGGCCUGGAGGACGUGCCUCUGCUGACGUGGCUCCUGGGCUGCCUCUCCCUGGUCCUUGUGGUGGUCACCAACGAGAUUGUGAAGCUGCAUGAGAUUCGGGUCCGGGUUCGCUACCAGAAGCGGCAGAAACUGCAGUUUGAAACGAAACUGGGCAUGAACUCCCCCUUCUGAGCCACUGGCCACAGUGGUCCUCGUUGCCCAAGGCCCGGGGCUAAAGCCAGACCAGCUUCUGAGUCUGGGGAGUUGGUAUCAUGAAUGUUUCAGGGUUUCCUCUCGCGGCCUAUGUCACGGGAGGCCCAGCUCCUCGUCCGACCCAUCUGUCGUCCUGAUCCCCAGGGCUUACCGUGGAGGAGCUGGUGAGCCGUGGCCUCAGCAUCAGGACAGUCUGGUCUUGAAUGUAUGACCUAGUGCACUUAGCAGAGGGGCCCUUAGCCGCCUCCGCCUGCAGGCUGCCUCCUUUAGGGUCUCUUAGCCCAGGGCCCUCUGCUCUUGGGUCUCCAGGCAGAGCCAUGAACCUGGUGGGGCCAGGACCUCAGUGGCAGCAGCCGUGGGAGGUCCAGACAGACCACCGUGGAAGGGAGCAGUGCUGGUGCAUCCUCCCUGCACCCCACCUGUCGUCCUGGGGGGGGGGCCUGGAGGUGGUCGAGUACUCCCCCUCCCUCCCUGUGUGGGGGAGCCUCACACUCAGACCCGAAGAUGAAGACCCC